CCAAAUUCCAUCUUCCAAAAGGGUUGAAGCUUCUUUCAGAGUUUGCGACCUUAGAGCAAAGAAGGUGGUUCUUCCAGUCACAUUCUGUAUUCCUAUCUAAUUCAAUUCUAGAUUUUUACUUUGACACAAGUGUUGCUGCGGUUGUUUUCUCAAUCAGUAUAAUAUUGUUCAAUAAGGAGGUGAGGAAUGGGGUUCAUAAUGGAAUUUGCUGAGAAUUUGGUACUGAAGUUGAUGGAGGACCCAAAAGAAAGGGAUCGGAAAUUCAGGGAACAUGUAUAUGCGGUCAAGGACCGGUGCGGUAAGACCAAGGAGAUGUGGAGCUACCCUCUUCGUCCGUACGGGUUUUGGACCUUCGAACGUCACAACGCUCAGCUCCGUUGGGAUGCUCAGAUUAGCCAGGUUCCUGGUCGUAGGGACCCCUAUGAUGACGUCCUUCAACAGAGCUACAAAAUCGACACCAGGUCCAAAUGAGAUAAAUGAGAUCUCUAUACUGGACGAUGGGAAGGGGCAUAUAUAUAUGGUGUUUUUCUUUGAGGUUUUCAUGUCAUGUAUGGAGCUGUAAGAUUUUAUUGAUUCAAUAAGCAUUGUGCAUUCAGUUCUCACGGAAUAUUUUCUUCCCGUGUAAUGUAAUGUUGACAAACAAGUAUUUUGAGUUUGCAUUCCUUUUCCAAAGUAUAUGAUCUUUCAAAGAAACGAUUUCUUGGAAUGCAAUUGGUUGGUUUCUGCUUUUCUA